CUCAGCCUCCAGCGGUUGGUCCAGGGGUGAAGAUGGAUCCUGAGGCCGCUGUGGUCGCGUCCUUCCCGGGUCUGUGCUCCUGAUGUGCCCCCGGAGCUCCAGCCGCCAUGGCGCUCUGACCAACCCGGGACUCCAGCGCCUCCGCCCCGCGAACUGUGGCCGUCCGUGUAGCAUCUCCACACCCUCUCCACCCCUUCUUCCACCUCACAAACCCCAACGCGACGCCAGUGUUUUGGGGGGAGGACUAUUUCCGCAGCGUUUUUGCGUCAUUUUGGACUUGUGCGCACGAAUUCAACGAGUCCCCGCUCUGCAAAAUGAGUGAGCAGAGCAUUUGUCAGGCGCGAGCCUCAGUCAUGGUUUACGACGACACCAGUAAGAAAUGGGUCCCAAUCAAACCAGGACAACAAGGAUUCAGCCGCAUCAACAUCUACCACAACACUGCCAACAACACCUUCAGAGUGGUGGGAGUGAAGCUGCAGGACCAGCAGGUGGUCAUAAACUACUCCAUAGUGAAGGGGCUGAAGUAUAACCAGGCCACGCCCACUUUCCACCAGUGGCGAGACGCUCGUCAGGUCUACGGCCUCAACUUCGCCAGUAAAGAAGAAGCCACCACCUUCUCCAACGCCAUGAUGUUUGCCCUCAACGUCCUCAGCGCUCAGGACGGAGGUCCAGCCGUCCAGCGCCAGGUCCAGAAUGGUCCGAGCUCAGAGGAGAUUGAAGCCCAGAGAGCGAGGCAGAUGAUGGAGCAGCAGCAGCAGAUCCAGGCUCACAUGGAGCGAGAGCGACGCUCGUCCAACUCAGGUUCUCCCUUCCAGGGCCACCCCGCCGUGCUGUCUGUAGCGCCCCCUGUAGUCCCUCCGUGUAUGAACAUGGGCGGGGCUCCUCCUCCCCCGCCGCCUCCCCCGGGCCCGCCUCCCCCCACCGCGGCCCCCCAGCCCCCCCUCCCUCCCCCUCUGCCUCUGGGGGGCGGCCACGGAGACGAGUCCCCGGCGCCCACCGGACUGGCGGCCAUGAUCGCAGGGGCCAAACUCAGACGUGUCCAAAGAUCAGAGGAGAAUUCAUCGUCAGCUCCUAAAACUGAAGCGAACCGGACGAGCGGAGGAAGCGGCGGUCUGAUGGAGGAGAUGAACGCACUGUUGGCUCGGAGAAGGAAAGCAGCAGAAGACGGACAAAAUGAUGAUCCAAAUUCACCUUCACCCAGCACUCGUAGCGGACAAAACUCUACAGACGGUGUGAGGAAACCGUGGGACCGGGCCAACUCUGCCGACAGGUCCAUGGUGUCAAGGGCCAGAGCUGCCGGCAGCGGAGGAGACUCAGACGUAGACUUCGAUAGGAUGAAACAGGAAAUUUUGGAUGAAGUUUUCCGUGAGCUGCACAAAGUAAAGGAGGAAAUUAUCGAUGCUCUUAGACAUGAACUCACUCGGGUUAGCACGACAUAAUCUUUCGGAGCCACUGCCCCCGAAAAACAAAAAAAAAAAAAAAACCUUUUUCAAAAACGUGACCUGCUGCGGCGCUGUGGCCCUCGAGAAGAAGAAACGAACAAAAAGAAGAAAAGAAGAAGAAGAAGAGGAGUAAUACUGUGACAUCACC